GUUCAUUGUGACUUUUGAAUUUCGUAGGUAUCGAUUAUUCCAUCGUAAAAAUCAUAUGGCACUUAGAUUUAAUCGCUUGUCGCUAGUACGUACGUAUUACUUUUUGUUUCCGGUGAAAUGAGCCAUUGACAGUAGGUGUCUCCCUCUAGAACAUUAUUGACUUUUGAAUGAUUGAAUUUCAAAACUAUUCUGACACUGAAAUGAAACACGGAAAGUCAAUCACAGCAGAAUUCAAAUAACUUUCUUCCAUAAUGUUGGAUUGACUAGCGAUCAAAAAAUGAUUAUCAAAUAAGACAAUAGACAAAAUGCUUCUUUGCUAUGGCAACGACUAAUUGCAGCUAUACUGAUAACAGCAAUUACUACCAAGAUCUGCAAUGUGCGUCAAAUGAAUUUUGCUGUACUGGUUCCUCGUUAAACACUUGUUCUUCUACGAUAUGCUCAACCUCGGCCUCGAGCAGCAGUAGUUCUAGCAUUUCACCGACUCUAUUUUGGAGUAUACUUGGUGGACUAUUUGGAGCAGGAAUAUUACUCAUUUUCUUAAUGUAUAUCAUUUGCAAGUUCAAGUCAGCAAACAGUUGCUUAUCAGAUGAACAUGUACAUGAUGCUGAAAUGUUCGAAGAAGAACGUCAUGAAAUUAACACUGUCACCCAUCAACAAUCUCAUCAUCAGCCAAGAUUUUAUAUCAGACGUGAAAGCUUUUGGAAAAUAACCAGACGCAAAUCUUCGAAUUCGAAUAUAGUUUGCAGACAGUGUGAACAAACUCGUGAAAGAAAUCAGGACAAAAACAACAAAACGAGGAAGGAUGAUGUUGAAAUGAAAAACAACAUUGUUAUUAUCAAAAACGUUGCCAACCAGAAAUGUUCAAAAACGAAAACUGUAUUAGCUCUUCCGGAUGUUGGAUAAACAUCUUUCUUAAAGGUUUAAGACAAUGUUCUCUUUUUCAUGACAUAUGGGAAGAUGAAACAACAACAUAACAAGUGUUUUUGGUAUCUCUAAAAAGUCGGGCCCAUAUUUGUAGUUAUUUUUCUUAUAAUUUGUUAUGAAUUUGUUAUUGGUAUAUGAAUAAACAAAUACAUGUUUUUUUAAA